UCUUUGAUCAUUAUACAAAUCUCAUUCUCUAUCUGUCUGCUUUUCUUUUAAUUUCUCCAUAUGGAUAAAGCUUUUCUAGCCAUUUUUAAUGCUUGUGUCCUUUUUUAUUCGUUAUGGUUCGUUCAUGGUCUGCCUUCGUGUAGCGAGACACCUUUCGUUCAAGUAUGCAACGAUUUCAUUGGCCAGAGUCUUCCUUUACAAACCCAACAUCAAACUCCCUUCGUGUUUCGUGAUCACUCCCUUCUGGUGACUAUGAACCAUGCCAACCAAGCUCACCAAAUGAUCUCAGCUAUGAACUUGAGUUCAUUUGAUCACAAAGCCAAGUUGGCGUGGGCUGAUUGUUUGGAGCUAUAUGAGGAUACUAUAGACCAUCUUGCUCGUUCAAUGAACUCUAAAAAUCCAUUAGACUCUCAAACAUGGCUAAGUGCAGCAAUCGCUAACCAACAAACUUGCCAAAAUGGGUUUCUUGAUUUUAAUAUGUCCUCUCAUUUAGAGUCUUUGCCUUAUAUGAUUAUGAGUAACUUGUCAAAGUUGCUUAGCAAUUCACUUGCCAUAAAUAAGGCUAUGGCAUAUAACACCAAACAAGUUGGCGGCCGGAGAUUGCUUACCGGUGGAUUCCCUUCGUGGGUUUCCUCUAGCGACAGGAGACUUCUCCAGUUAUCCAGGGGUGCACCUGCAGCUCAUAUUAUAGUAGCUCAAGAUGGGUCUGGUAAUUACAAGACCAUAUCAGAGGCUGUUGCUGCAUCGGUUAAGCGAAGAAGUGGAACUAAGAGAUUUGUAAUAUACGUGAAAAAAGGUGUUUAUAAAGAGAAUGUGGAGAUUAAGAAAUCAAUGAAGAAUUUAAUGUUUAUUGGAGAUGGGAUUGGUGCUACCAUUGUUACAGGCAACAAGAAUGCUCAAGAAGGCUCCACAACUUUUCGUUCUGCGACUUUUGCCGUCUCCGGCAAGGGCUUUAUAGCAAGGGACAUGACAUUCGAGAACACAGCCGGACCACAAAAACAUCAAGCAGUGGCCCUCCGUUCCAGCUCCGAUUUCUCAGUCUUCUACAGUUGCAGCUUCAAGGGUUAUCAAGACACCCUAUAUGUACACUCUCAACGACAAUUCUACCGAAACUGCGACAUAUAUGGAACCAUAGACUUCAUUUUUGGUGACGCCAUUGUGGUUCUACAGAACUGUAACAUAUUCGUUAGAAAACCAAUGAGCAGCCAACAGAACACUGUCACAGCCCAGGCAAGAAAAGACCCUAAUGAGAACACAGGAAUAGUCAUCCAUAACUCACGUGUGAUGGCAGCUUCUGAUCUGAGACCAGUACAGGGAACGUUCAAAACUUUUCUGGGACGGCCAUGGAAGAAAUAUUCAAGAACUUUGUUCAUGAAGAGUAAUCUAGACGGGCUUAUUGAUCCUGCAGGUUGGUUAGCUUGGAACGGGAACUUUGGUUUGAGUACUGUUUAUUAUGGUGAGUAUAUGAAUACUGGGAGUGGAGCAAGUACCAGAGGAAGAGUCAAGUGGGCUGGAUAUCAUGUAAUAACAAAGGCAAUGGAAGCUGCAAAGUUCACCGUGGGGAACUUUUUGGCAGGAGAUUCUUGGAUUUCAGCCGCCGGAGUGCCAUUUGAUUCAGGUUUAUAAGCGAGUCUUGAAGGAAGAAAAAAAAAGGUAGAGGCUAAGAUAAGUGUGACUCGAUAGUGACCUCAAGUGGGUGAAAUAAAUUGUUAAGUUUGUGAUAGUUCUUCACGUAGAUUUGUAUAAAGCUACCAUGAAAGUACGUAAAAUUAUUGAUCAUAUAUAUAUAUAGAUAUAUACUUAAUUAGUCAUUAA